GUCAGGGCGCCUCUGGGAUGGCGGUACAUCGGAAAAAGGACUGCACUCCGUCGGCGUGGUUCUGGGAGAGUCCGGAUACUUUGGCGCAGCUGGAGGUGGUGCGACAGUGGAUCGGGAAACACUACAAAAAGUUUGUCUUGGUAGAUGCUCCAUCCUGUCAGGUCUUGGCUGCAGUCACCUUACAGCUUCUCCAGUUCCAAGAGGAUGCGUUUGGUCGACAAGUCACCAAUCCUGCUCUCAGCAAACUUUCCGCACAAUGCUUCUUGGAUUUGCGACCAGGGGGAGGGCUGUGCCACAUACUUGGAACUGCAUACAGGUUCAAGGCAGAGCAAGGCUGGCGAAGGUUUGACUUGCAGAAUCCAUCAAGAACUGAGAGAAAUGUCGAGAUGUUUAGUGCAAUUAAAGGGGCAUUAAUCCAGAACAGUUGUAUGUCCUUACCUGUGGUUUAUUUGGAGGCCACACUCAAUCAGGAGUUGGCAAACAGACUGACCACGAUCAUCACGAAGCACCAGGGGACUAUCACCGAGGACCAAACACUCGCCAGUCACCACAUUUAUCCUUUACCUGCUACUACUGAAGAAGAUGAAUGGCUACGUCCCAUCAUGCGUAAGGAUAAUCACAUCCUAGUACAUUGGGGAAUGCACCCUGACAGCUAUGACAGCUGGCUACCUUCGGGCGAUGUCGAAGGAGAAGUUGAAGAGCCACCGCACCCAGUGGGACCGUGGAGGGUCCAUGCCGGUUGGGUCCUAGACACAGAUGUAUUCAAUGAGUGGAUGAAUGAGGAAGACUAUUGUGUGGAUGAGAGGAACUCCCCAUUAAUCCUUCGUCAGCGUGUUCGCCUCCAAGAUGAGCAGGAGUCAAGAUCCACUCCGUCAAAAAAGAGAAGACGAUCCCCCUCACCUCCUUCCUCUGAUGGCAGAAAGAAAGGAAAGAAGGGGAGAAGACGUGGACAACAGGAAGAGGAGCCAGAGGAGGAUCUGACCAAAGAUAUGGAAGACCCUACCCCUGUUCCUAACAUGGAGGAGGUUAUACUACCUAAAAAUGUGAACCUGAAGAAAGACAGUGAGAACACACCAGUCAAAGGAGGAACAAUGACUGACCUGGACGACCAAGAGGAUGAUUUUCUCGGAAGGGAGGAGGAAGAAGGAAGAGGGGAGAUGACACGGUUUUCAGAAGGAGAGGAAAACAUUACAGAGCAAACACAUCACAUUAUUAUCCCAAGCUUCACGUCUUGGUUUAACAACAACAGCAUUCACUUUAUCGAAAAACGAGCUCUUCCUGAAUUCUUUAACGGAAAGAACAAGUCCAAAUCUCCAGAAAUCUACCUGGCGUACCGUAAUUUCAUGAUCGACACAUACCGGCUGAACCCUCAGGAGUAUCUCAGCUCCACCUCCUGCAGACGAAACCUCACUGGAGACGUCUGUGCCAUUAUAAGGGUGCAUGCAUUUCUGGAGCAGUGGGGUUUAAUCAACUACCAAGUGGAUGCAGAAAGCAGGCCCCUCCCCAUGGGACCACCACCCACACCCCAUUUUAACGUAUUGGCUGACACACCGUUAGGUCUGGCACCCCUGCAACACAAACCGCUGCAGGUGACUGCUUCGCAACAUAUGUUGUACUUCCCCGAAAAAGGCAGAGAAAAGCCCUCAGAUUGCCAGAACUUUGGUCUUCGCACUGACAUCUAUGCCAGGAAGCACCCUAAGACCAAAGGAGCAAGUGCAGGAAGGGAAUGGACAGAACAAGAGACACUGUUGUUAUUAGAGGCUCUAGAAGUUUACAGGGACGACUGGAACAAGGUCUCUGAGCACGUGGGGUCAAGAACCCAGGACGAGUGUAUCCUCCAUUUCCUUCGUCUGCCAAUAGAAGAUCCUUAUCUCGAAGACUCCUCGGCCUCUCUGGGUCCACUGGCCUAUCAGCCUGUGCCUUUCGACCCUCGGGUCGCAUCAUCUGCAGCAAAAGCAGCACUCGAGGAGUUUUCUAGAGUGCAAGAAGAGUCUGUGGAUAAGAUGUCAGAAAUGUCCAACCAGCCUGAGAAAAUAGAAUCAAUAGAUCAGGACAAAGAUGAGGCCAACUCCACUCCCCAACAGGUCUCUGGAAGAACGGAUAGUAAAGUUGAAGCCAGUGGCAUAAAACUGGAUGGAGAUCUAAUCAAAACAGAAAAUGCAGAGAACAUGUUGGAGAGAGAGGGCACAGGAGACGACAGUGAGACCACAGAGCAGCGGCAGGGGGACGGUGACGACGGGAGGAGAACGAUGGAGCUGGAGCUGGUGGAAGGCAGCGUUGCCACGGCAGCAGCAGCUGCUCUUGCCUCAGCCGCCACAAAGGCCAAGCACUUGGCGGCAGUAGAAGAGAGGAAGAUUAAGUCUCUGGUGGCAUUGCUAGUAGAGACUCAGAUGAAGAAGCUGGAGAUCAAGCUGAGACACUUUGAGGAGCUGGAGACCAUCAUGGACCGCGAGAAAGAGGCGCUGGAACAGCAGCGGCAGCAGCUCCUCACAGAGAGACAGACCUUCCACACUGAGCAACUGAAACAGGCAGAGAUGAAGGUCCGCCAGCAGAGGGAGCAACAGGGGCAGCAAGGAUACACAAUGCAGCAUUCAGGCCAGUCCAUGCCAAACCGGAUGUUGGCCAGCACUGGUAACACUCAAUCUGUGGCUCCCAGACACCCUGGAGCAUCCAAUGGCAUGUAUCCGUCCUCGCAGCCCGAUGGGAUCACGUCAGCUCAGCCCGGACCCCCACCAUCGACACACAGCUGAGGAGAUGAUGUUAAGACAACCGGGACAGGAAGAUAAACAUGUCACACUGGCUUAAACUUCCAAGAACAACGGUUUCAAACUGAAGCCUGUAAAUCGUUAGCCGUCUUUAUAAAUAUUGAAAUAUUUGUUCUGUGAUGUCAGAGUUGAGAUAUCUGCAGAUUGAACUCGACUCAAUAAAGGUUUUUUUUUUUAUAUCAAGCUUUUGCUUUU